UUGUAUCUACCCGGACACGUUUUUAUUGCCCACUUGAGACCAGCUAGGUUCGUUGAUUGGACGUUGUGGUUCCUGCUGUUGUUGUUCGGUAAUUACUAUGCAGCGGUCGGGUUUGAGCUGUCCGGGCUGCGGCUCCUCCAACAUUGUAAACGAUGAUCUUUACUGCCAUGUCCAGCUGGUGUGCGUGGACUGCGGCACGGUGGUGUCGGAGGGCUCUCUGGCCGACGACCCAGUCGGAGGUUCAGAUGUCAGCUACAGCCGAUCCACCGCUGUGACAAAGGUUCCAUGUCAAAACCUGAAAAAAGGUCUGAGCCGUGUGAAGGAGAUGUGUCGGGUUAUCAGGGUGCGCAGGAAUAUCGAAGAUCUGGCGUUGUCGUAUUUCCAGCAGGCCUACGAGCACGAGAACUUCAUCAGAGUCAACCUCACAAAGAAGGAGGUUCUGGCUGGCUGCUGCGUGCUUGUCAGCUGCAGACAGAUGAACUGGCCCAUCACCAUAGGAACCAUCAGCUGCCUGCUAAAUGCUGACCCCGCUUUAGUGGGAGGAGUUUAUAAAGAUCUGUUGAAGAUCCUGAAGCUCGAGGCUCUGACUGUCGGUAUCAUUGAGGUGUUGGAGGCUCAUUGUCAGGAAUACAAAAUAAACUCGGAUCAAGUGCCUGAGGAAUUAGCAGAAGAUUGUACAGUUCUGACCAAAAGAGCCAAGGCUCUGGUGGAGCUGGCAGCAGACUCCUGGAUUGUGACUGGUCGGAAGCCUUUACCCAUGCUGAUGGCGGCCACUUACCUGGCCUGGCAGUCCCUGAAGCCCAACAAGCAUCGUCUCAAACUCUCCCUGGACAAAUUCUGUCGGCUGGCCAAGGUUCAAAAGUCCCAAUCUGCUCUGACUAGAAUAACGGAGCUGAAGGAGGUGCUGUGUAAGCUAGGAAGGGAAAUUCCGUGGGUAAGGGAAACUGUGACACCAGAUAGCGUCAUUCGGCUGGUGGGGGACAUUUUGGAGAACAGGUUCGCUCUGCUAAGGAGGGCUCUUAGAAACCACGAAGACUCUCUGCAGGCUGAAAACGUUGUGAACUCUCCAAACAAGGAGACGGCUUCCUCCAAACCGCAGGAGCUGACUGAGAAUCCACCUGCGGAAGACCGUGGUCACCAGGGCCAGGAAUCAGAAUCAAACUGGGGGAAAAGAGUUCUGUUCGCUCCUCCGUGUGUGAUUAACAGAAAGAGACGGAGAACGGAGCAGCCAGAGCUGAUUGUAACCGGCGACGAGGAAAUCUCUGACAGUGAAAUUGAUUCUUAUAUCCGUUCUCCACAAGAAGUACGAGACUUGGUUCAAGCAGAGAAGAUGUUGGUUUCGUCUGACAAGGUAUAAGGAGAGCAGCGAUGCACUGAAGCAUGUUUGUUUGUGUGUUUACUCAAAAUUCUGUUUGUUGAUGGCAGAUUAUCCUUUUUUUUAUCUCCAAAUGCAAAUAAACAUGUAAUCUUUACCCAAACUUGAAGGUUUUUUUUUAGAUCUUAAUGUAUCAAAUGUUUUCUUGUAAUUUUUUGCCGUGGUUUAUUUAUGAUUGAUGUCUUUAUUGGUUUUUCGCUGCUUCACCAGAGUAUAUCAUCUUAUUGAGUUCCUGAUGUGUUACAAAUAUGGAAAAUAUGCUAAUGACUAAAUUGUAAAAAAAAAUUUAUUUUGUUUUACUAAGAAAUUUAAAUGCAUAUUUUUCUAUUUCAAUCUUCUCUUAUAAUCUGCACAGAUUGAGUCUUCAGCAAGAUUUAGAAUGAAGCAAAUCUCCAUUUCAGAUUUAGGGCUUAUUUCUAAGAGGCCGUUAACACAAUUUAAUUAGUUGCCAAAAGGUUGUUUUUUUUAUGUGUUUAGCAUGUUUGAUGCAGCUUUUGGUUUACAGUGAACUGGAUGUUUUUAUUUUUUAUUUUUUUUUACAAACAUUUUCAUUACAUGAACAUAAAAAGAACAAGUGUUUUUUUUUUCUUUUUUAAAGCGUAUCUAGACUGCAUUCAUGUCUUCUGAUAUGUUAAUUUUUUCACAAGACCAAAAAUUGUGAAUAAAAAACCCAAAAUUCAGUCAACCCUGUUCUCACAGGUGUGAUUAAAGUUCUGUGAGAAAACUGUUUUACAGAAUCAGUUCUUAACAAUAAAAACGUUCAUUUACAAGCACC